UGCUCCGGCUUCCUCCUGCAGUCCUGCCUGCCUGAUUAUCAAUAAGCUGUAUUAGCCCUUCACUAAUCAUAUUGCAAGAGACGGAGAGUGAGAGAGUAGGCAGCUAGACUCUGUGUGCAUCAUUAUCACUGUGUGUGUGUGUGUGUGUGUGUGUGUGUGUGUGUCUUUGCGUGUGUGCAGCCAGGGAGGGAGGGAGGAGGGAGGGGUGUAUCCUAGCGAGGAGCUUUUCCCUGUUGUAGUAACCAACCGCACACGCCGACUGCCAGCCAUUACUUCACUGCAGCAACAAUCAGCCCCUCCGUACUUAGUGAGCCAGACACACUAACCUGUCUGUCCCCUCCUCUUUUCUCUCUCUCUGCAUAUUCAGCAGAGCUGCCCUCCUCUCCUCCUCAUCACUCCGCCACUCCUGCGGCGUUACUCUCUGCUUGAAGGGGACACUGGCCUGCUCCUCACCCACUGAUUCUGCAUGACUGUCACAAAGAUGUCAUGGCGCCCGACCUACCGAAGCUCCAAGUUUCGAAAUGUCUACGGGAAAGUGGCCAACAGGGAGAACUGCUACGAUGGCAUCCCCAUCACCAAGAAUGUCCACGACAACCACUUCUGUGCCGUCAACUCUAAGUUUGUGGCAGUUGUCACAGAGAGCGCCGGCGGGGGGGCUUUCAUCGUUAUACCUGUAUCCCAGUCGGGCCGCCUGGACUCUCAUUACCCCAAAGUCUGCGGCCACCAAGGCAAUGUGCUGGAUAUCAAGUGGAAUCCCUUCUUUGAAAACAUCAUAGCAUCCUGCUCGGAGGACACCUCGGUGAGAGUAUGGGAGAUCCCAGAAGGUGGUCUGAGGCGAAACAUGACAGAGGCGGUGCUGGAGCUGUAUGGUCACAGCAGACGGGUGGGUCUGAUCGAGUGGCACCCCACCAGCAGCGGCAUCCUGUUCAGUGCUGGCUACGACUACAAGGUCCUGAUCUGGAACCUGGAGAUCGGAGAGCCGGUGAAAAUGAUCGACUGCCACACCGAUGUCAUCCUCAGCAUGUCCUUCAACACAGACGGCAGCCUGCUGGCCACCAGCUGCAAAGACAAGAAGCUGCGUGUCAUCGAGCCGCGCUCUGGGACAGUCCUGCAGCAUGCCAAUUGUAAGAACCACCGAGUGAACAGAGUGGUGUUCUUGGGCAACAUGAAGCGACUGCUCACCACAGGGGUUUCUCGCUGGAACACCCGGCAGAUCGCUCUGUGGGAUCAGGAGGAUUUGUCCAUGCCUAUUGUGGAGGAGGACAUAGACGGCCUCUCAGGACUGUUGUUUCCCUUCUAUGAUGCAGACACACACAUGUUGUACCUGGCAGGCAAGGGGGACGGCAACAUCCGCUACUUCGAGAUCACCACAGAGAAGCCAUACUUACAAUACCUAAUGGAGUAUAGGUCCCCGGCCCCUCAGAAAGGUUUAGGAGUGAUGCCAAAGCACGGGCUGGAUGUGGGAUCUUGCGAGGUUUUCCGCUUCUACAAAUUAGUAACCCUGAAGGGUUGGAUUGAACCAGUUUCCAUGAUUGUCCCACGAAGGUCAGACACAUACCAGGAGGACAUCUACCCCAUGACACCAGGAACAGAACCAGCCCUGUCUGCCAGUGAAUGGCUGAGCGGCAUUAAUAGAGACCCAGUCUUGAUAUCCCUAAAGGAAGGUUACCAGCGUCCAAACCAACUAGUGUUCAAGGCUCCAGUGAAGGAAAAGAAGAGUGUGGUGGUGAAUGGGAUCGACCUGCUGGAAAACGUACCGCCCCGGACCGAGAAUGAGCUCCUGCGGAUGUUCUACAGGCAGCAGGAUGAGUUGCGGCGGCUGAAAGAGGAGUUGACCACCAAGGAUGUGCGAAUACGUCAACUGGAGCUGGAGCUAAACAACCUGAAUAACGUUAGCCCCAACAACGUGUGACCUCUCAGCCUCCUGAACUGACGAAGCUGCUUCCUUUUGCCCCCAAAUCUGACCUCCGACAAGCUUCUGAGCCCUCCCAUCUCUCCCUUUUGAUAUGUCAUAAGUUCAUUCAUGCUGCCCUGCGUAGUGCAUACAGUAAUACGAUACAUAUUCGAUUAUGUCUUAACUGAUGCAAAUACUGGAAUAUUAUAAUUAAUAAGAUAAAUAAUGUAAGCAAGGCAGUGUUCAUGGAUUGCCAGCCCAAGAUGAAAUCAAUGAUCAAUCUUAGAUAUAGUGAGGUUUUAUCUGUUUUUUGAUAACUUAAUAUUCUUGAUCAAACACACUCUCUUGUGUUAUGAUCAGCUGCUGCAUAUUUUCUGCCAGACCUCCUGUGUGUUUGCCUCUCUAUGCCUAGCCUAUGAUUCAUGUGGUUACACACAGGCAAAGGAGCCUCAACACUCAUCCUUCUAUUAUGACCAAACCAUCAUCUCAUUAUUUGCUGGGGCAAAAACUGGAGGAUAAAAGACUGGCAGUGUCUGGCACUUACUUUUCUUCCCCAAGGCCUUAGACCCUGCUGCAGACACAGAUUGCAGCAAGCUGCUGCUGCAUCCUCUCAAAAUGGCUGAUGUGAAGUCAUUUUGCAAGAUGAGAUGGGCUUUUGCAGUCAUGGAUCCUGUUUUUCCUCAGAGCUGCUUAUCCUUUAUUGCUACUUUCACCCACAACUAUUGCUGGUUAUAAAUGGACUUCACAAUGCUGCUCAACAGCUACUCACAUGCAGUCUUUCUUCCCAAGGAGAGCGGAUAGUUCGCUCACUCAAAGUAUUUCUAUUCUUUAUUUAAAAGGUGGGAAAGCGGCAGAGAAGACGGCGAUCCAGAGACGGUGGACUUUUAUAACUACUCCAUUAUAGUCUCAAGGGAGCUUUGCAGGCUUUUGGUUUUUAGGGCUAAUUUUUGAGGAUGGGGGGGGGGUAGUGUACAUUUGCUUCUAUUUAUUUGUCAUAUUUGACCUUUCUAGCAAAUAACAUGUAUAUUUGUUAAUCCCAUUGUUUUUGUAAGAUGUGGCUGCGCAAGUAAUGAUUGUGACGCUUGAUAGAUUUUGCUGAAUGUUUCUGGUUGAAAUGGUGCAAGAGUUAUGUGAAACUGUACCCUAAACAGUGUUCGGUCUUUGACCCUCAACAUCAUACCUUCAGAUAGGGUAUAAAAAUAUUCUCUUGCCUAUUCCUAACAGUACUAAAGACUGUCAUAAUAGCCAUCCUUUUACAUUUAAACUACAUAUAUCACCAUUACUAAGAUGUGCUAACCUGUAAAUGUGUCAUUUUUCUCUAGCGACUCCAGGUCAUCUUCCUCUCCUUCUCCACAUGUACCACCACAAGACUUAGGCUGAAUUUCAGUUUAUGCCUUUGUUCUACUUCUACUACUUUUUUUUUGCUGCAGUCUGACAUUUAAGAGAAGUGGGGACUGGCUUAGCAUUUGACUCUACUGUGUUAACCAGGCUCAAGCAGUUCCAGAAAAAGAUCCUGCCUGACAUUCAUUGUGUUUUUCAAUCCAGUGCCCAUCACAGUCAGACAUGUCUCAUUAUGGAACAAGAAAGGAAUAAGAUAAACAGACUCUAUGCUGGGCAAAAGGUGGGAGUUUAUGGAUAGAGAAAGUCGAAAGUAAGUUAAGGAAUGAAGGUCACAACUUGUUUGUUGUGGAACAGGUGUUCCUCACAAUCUAAAAAACUAGACGUAGAACCUCUGACUCGUGCGGCUAACGUGUACAUUUCUUGCAGGGAAAAAAAAGGCUACAGUGAAAGUAGACAGGGAGAGAAGGAUCCAGCAGCAAUGGAUCAUCUACAGAAGAGAGACAGUUGAAGUUGCAGCAGGAAUUGAGCUUUGUCAGGUGCUUUUGUUUACUGAGGACUUAAGUUAACUACACGAUUCAUUGAAAGGUAGGAAAACAUGACUGUGCUGCAUUUUAAUGCUUUUAGAGCUACUGGAUCUCUCUCAGUAGAUUAAACCUGAUUACCUUGUUGGGAGACGAGCCAAUCACAGCAGUGUGUUGCUUAGUUGGGUCUACUGUAGUAAUUGAACGUAUGACAUCUUUCUCUGCUGAAAAGUGCGUCCUGGAUCAGGAGAACAAGUGAAGACUGGAACUGGAUACAUUUGACCAUGUUGCUCGGUUACAGAAGGACCACAGACUUCAAAACAUAUAUAAAAGGGAUUUAUUGAAGUGAAUGGGAGGACAAAAAGAAACAAUUUGGCUGAUGACAGUGGAUUUAACAUGGAGUGAAAAAUCACUGAGGUAGGCCAAUUUGACCGUCGGGUAUAAUCAUGAAAGCAAAGUCCAAAUAACUGACUUUUACCAGAGUUUACACUUUGAAACAAUAAAUUUUCAAUGCACAUACGUUUCUGUUGUAACCUCCAUUUAUAUCAAGCACUUCUCUACUCUACCAUCACAAAGUCAAGCGUUGCCAAUGCCACCACCUGUGUGUGUCACAGAAAUGAACAUGGAGAAAGCGGUAAUGAGCUCUGACACUGAACAGUUGUCUUUAUGGAAAGAUUAUGCAUACAAAGUUAUGUUCAAAUUCUCAAGAAAUGUCACUGCGUAUGUUAAGAUAAAGCAGCAUACAUAUUUAAUAUCUUAUUACAAUUCAUAGUUUCACCUCAGUUGUCUGUUAGAUGUCUGCCGUCAUCAAAGAGAAUACAAAAAAAUAGAUUUGGUCAUUAUUUACAAGAACACGUAAUUUCCGAACUAUCAAAGCUGAGGGUUUAAAGGAGGAGGAGCAGCUUCGACAAGGGCAGACAUUUUUUUUUUUUUUUUUUUUGCUAUGAGUUAAAAAUAUGCCCUGUGAGGGUCACACUGUGCAUGUUCAGACACAAGUUUCACACCAGGACAGCAGAGAGUAUUGGCUUACUGGUGACACUACAAAUACAUAAAUUACAUUUAAAAAAAAAAAAAAAAA